AUGACGCUGCCCAACUAUACAGAUCUAGCCCCGUCGAUCUUGCGGCAACGGCUAGUUGUCGAAGGCUACCCGGCUAAGCCUAUUAGUGAUGGCGCUAUCAGGCGCUACUUGUCACAGCUAUCGGACAUCACGGCCAUGAGGAGCCUGAUAGAGCCAGUCACCCACAAGAGCGACCUCUACGGUUGGGCGGGCUGGAUACAUUGGGAGACAAGUGGCGCGCACUUCUACGCGUGGGAACAGCCAUCGCUCUUCUUCAGCGUUGACAUCUACACGUGCAAGCAAUUUGACCCGAAGCUAGUCGUCGACUUCACCCGCAGCUUCUUCCAGACCACUGAGAUCACCGCGAGAGACUUCAGUUCUGCGCCACCCACCAAGAGCGCCGCGCAGCUUGCCGUUGCACCUGUCAUCAAGUAUACACUUAGCGACCCAGAGCUGGACGCUCUGUCAGUUAGGCUAUUGUCCGAACAACCUCCCAGAACCAGAGAUGCGCUUGUCCUGUAUAGGCUGGAAGGUCACGAUGAAUUAUCCAACCUGGGACGCCACAUAGAACGCCAAGUCUUCGAGGAGAAGUUUGCUAACACCGAUGCGGACAUGAGGCGCAUAUACGGCAGCCACGAGAGCGUCAGCGCCUUCUAUGUUGUAAUGGACCAGUCAAUACGCCGCCCAGUCGGCUGCAUGCGCAUAAUGAGGCACUCGGCCGCCGGGCUCCUAUCUCUUCAGGAGGCUCAGCAGUUUGCCGGAGUGACGGAAGAGGAUUUCAAGAAAUAUUACGGGAUCAGCAACCUUGAAACUGUGUGGGAUAUCGGCACUAUUGCUAUACCAGAGCAAUAUCGAGGGAGGGAUGAGCACCACAUCGUCGUCAUGUUAUAUCGCGGGGGACACCUCAGGGGCCACUACGAAGGAGUAACGCACUACAUCGCCUUAGUCGAUAAAGACCUCCGGCGGAUCUUCAACAUGAUGGGCUGGCCCUUCUACGCCAUGGCGGGCUCAAAACCAUUCGAGUACGAAGGAUCCGGGGAUACGCUGGCCGUGUGCGGGAUCGCAAAGGACUUCUUCCCAUGCAUGGAGGCCAGGAUAUGCACGGCCGACGAAAGGAUCAAGCCAAUUGUGCAAUACUUUGCCCAACGCUUCGUGCACGGCCAUGAUAUCGACCACCGCAUUAUGUUUGAGCAUUCGCUAUGGCCUGAUGGCACCACGCCUUUGACACGGACUAAGCCUAUGGCUCGAGAAGCUCGAUUGUGA